UUACGACUGGUAGUAAGACUAAACUGACACGUCACUGACACGUAGAACGCAUGCGCUCAUUACGGGCAUAAUAAAAUUUUUCCACACGGCACGCCAUUUUGGAAGGAGCUCUUGCACACGGCACGUCGAUAAAUGUUUGGUCCGUGCGGAAAACGCGCUCAACCGCUCCAGCAAAUCUCGGAAAGUUUGGACGAACUUGACGUUUGGUAAGGUCGGCUCCACGUGGUGUGUAGGCCCAUAGGCUCCACCAAGCAGGGACGGCUUGCCCCCAAUUUUCACAGAUGGUGCAGUGCACAUCCCCGCCUUUGUCUCUACAAGCGCGGUAAUGCAUGCACGUGGUGGAUAAGAUGUGGAUUGUAAAGUCAAGCUGUAGGCUGUGUAGGGCACCGUGUUGUAAAAAAAGUGACUGCACUGUUGUGGCGGAGCUAUAUAAGAAGCUCGUGGGAGGGCAUCUUGUCCAAAAGCUAACACUCGACUCCUCGGCGGACACGAAUUCUACUGAGUAUGAAAAAAAUAGCUUUUUGUGAUAAUAGGCAACUCUUUCAAUUCUCAUCGGUCAUCGCUUUCCCUUUUCUCUUGAAGGAAAUCUACCUUGACUUUUCUUUGUUAACUUUGAGCCGCGCUCACCUGCGAAUUUGAAAAGAAGAAAAACAAAGGUAACGCCAACAGGAAGGCGCAAGCGUAACUAUAGGCCUAAUAUAGUCGCGUGCUAUAACGGAUUUAUACAAGGUAUAUUUAAAAAUUUACGUUUUGGAACACGUGCAAGGAAAAUCAUGAAACGAGAAUGGGUAUUUUCAACUUUGUCACUGACCUUCACGCUGGUGAUGAGUACUGGUCUGUUGCUCUUUUCUCCUCUUCGAUGCACUGCUGCCGAGGCAAAUGAUCCCCACCCCACAGAGGCACAAGAUCAUUACCAGCUGACUCACGGUCAGCAGCCCUUGGACCACCAUGAGCAAAAGGAGUUCAUACGGCAGCUGUUCGAUAAGUACGGAGACAAUGACGGGUGGCUGAGCUUGGAGGGGUUCUCGUUGCUCAUGGGCAGCAUCGGGCUCGGCCCAGGGCCUGGGGGCCACGACCACCGUGAGCUGGAGGGAGCCGGUCAGGAUGGACCCACUCAUCACCGUCACGUUGAGCACCACGAUUGUUUAAGUGCACUGCAGGAGGCAACGACCCACGAGGAUGCCGAACCAACCUCUAUUGGACCCAUCCAUGCGGAGGACCAACACCAUAAAGAAGGGCUUCUCGGAUCAGGUACAGGGGUGACCAAGGCAAUGCAUCGUGGACAUCAUGAUGAGAUGGAACUUGGAGGACCCACUGCGGUCAGAGACGAACGGGAGCACGGUCAUCUAACCCAGUGUCUUUCCGUCGAUACACUCCUGCAUAUCUUUGAGAUACCGGCCUCCGCCACUGGCCUGACGGAGGAGCAGUUCAUCCAGAUGUGCCCGGUGCUGCUGCAACAACUCGACAGUCACGUCUGCAUGCAGUUUGAUGUGCACGGUAGCGGCGAUGAUCACGAUAGUCAUGGGGUUGACUACGGGAGCCACGGAACAGCGACCCACAACCACGAGGACACCACUCACGAGCAUCGCGAUCUGAACGUGACAGGUGGCGGGGCGAGCAACCUCGCCGCACACAUAUGGGGCUACGGCAUAGCGGCAAUAACCCUCAUCAGCUUGGCCUCCAUCACCUGCAUCUUGGUGGUGCCGUGCAUGCAGCACUACCCCCACGUGUACCACCGCCUCUUGUCCUUCCUGGUCGCCAUGGCAGUGGGCACGCUGGCCGGCGACGCCAUGAUGCACCUCAUUCCGCAUUCCCUAGGUAUCCACGUUCACGACGAAAACAAGCCCCUGAUUGAAGGGGGAGGAGAUGGCCACGCCCAUGGAGCCCCAGAGGCUGAGAAGCAGCAGGCCAACAACGCCGUCUGGAAGGGUUUCUUCGUGCUGAUGGGAAUCUUCUUGUUCUUCAUCAUCGAGCAGCUUAUGGCAUUCUGCCAACAGGCCCGCAAAAAUAGAAAGGCGCAGAGGACUACCAAAGUACAGCGUGCCGACUCGAAGAGGAACAGCCAGCGUCCCCUGCACAGCAACCAGCAGGACGACAGCGAUGGGCCGCAACAGGAGCAACAGGAGCUGCAGGGAGAGUACAAGGAGACGAACCGUAGCGACGCCAUUGGCGAGAAACUCUGCCACCACUGUGCGCCCACCACCACCACGACUGCCGUAGGCUCCAACAGAGAAAUCAUACGGAACAGCAUGCUCCUUCUGGAGGAUUUUGAGUUGAUCACCCACCCCGACCAACCCUCCACUUCUAACCGUCACUGCCACCAUCACCACCACCAUCACCACCACAGCGACCCCGAUGACAACGACCCAGAGGUUGGUCCGAGCCACCGCCACGGCCACAGCCACGACCCAACCCCCGUGGGGGACAACAGCAUCGCCACGUUGGCCUGGAUCAUCGUCAUGGGGGACGGCUUGCACAACUUCUGUGACGGGCUCAUUGUUGGGGCAGCCUUUGCCGACAGCAUCGCCGGUGGCCUGAGCACAGCUAUUGCCGUCAUGUGUCAUGAAAUUCCACAUGAGUUAGGCGAUUUUGCCGUGAUGCUGAAGGGGGGAAUGUCCAUCAAGCAAGCCCUGUUUGUCCAGGCUAUCUCCUCCGUCCUUGCCUACAUAGGUCUGGCCAUAGGUAUUGCCGCAGGUAACAUCGAGUCCGUCAGCAUGUGGAUAUUUGCCCUGGCCGGAGGAAUGUUUGUCUACAUCGCUCUUGUCGAUCUGUUCCCGGAACUGAUCGAGACACUGAAUAGCAGGCCCAGCAAGAAGAUCCAGUUGCUCCUCCUUCAAGGUGCGGGGACGAUCCUCGGUGUUGGCAUCAUGCUCCUCAUCGGCCUCCACGAAGAUUGGCUACGACAACAACUCGAAGGUUAAAAGGAAAAUACUUUACAGUGUGCUAUAUCUACAUGUACAUGUACUGUAUUAAGCCAAGUAUUUUACCUAGUAUAUAUUGAUACAUGUUUUAUUUAGGUGGGUUUUUGAUCACAGUCGAGGUCCUCGUUGUAUUUCUGGACGGUAAUUGGAUGCUGUAUAUUUUUGUACAGGUAGGUCUUGGAAGUUGAUGAUCAUUUGUGGUAACUUUUGCAUUCAUGGUCCUGCAAUCGUGUGCUACCGAGAUGUAUGCAGCAUUUACAUGCAUCUAAGUACUCCUCAGCAUUAAAAUAAAUAAAAUGUUUGGUUGUGGGUUCCUCAACUGUAAAGUUGGGACACUUUGGGAGUCAUCAGCAUCUUAAAUGUUAAUUAGUUGUAUUGGAGAAAAUUCCUUAAAUUUCAGGAAGAACAUGAUUGAAGAUCUAGAAACCGCUGGAACCUUUUGAAAGUGUGACCCACCAUUCCAAAACCAGGCUGAGAAGAGUUCUUUGCUAUUUGGAAAAUGACACCGAUAUACACACGAACAGCGCCAAUUUCACAACCUUUCCUCCCUCUACGAACUCUGUUUCCUUCAGGCAAACUUCGCACUGUGAGUCGCUUUGAAGUAUGAAACUUGGAGGGGAAUAAGCGAGUUCCGAGGCUCUUCGGGAACAGCUACGCGCACGCGCAAAAGUCCGUCCCAUCAGCGCAGCUAUAAUAUCUUCUGACUCACGCGCGCUUUGUUCCGAAAGACCUUGGCUUUUUGAAAUAACAACUGGCACGUUGUCAAACAUGAAAAUUACCCACUUCAGCCCGGUUUUGGAAUGCUUGGUCACAAAUUUCAAACCUAUGCCUAAAUAGUCCUUUUCUUCACAGUUACACAUGUUGAGUAUUAUCCCCUAUGUAACUGCUACCACUAAAUGCUUGGUCACAAAUUUCAAACCUAUGCCUAAAUAGUCCUUUUCUUCACAGUUACACAUGUUGAGUAUUAUCCCCUAUGUAACUGCUACCACCGGACAAUUAAAAGAGAAUUGUUUAUUCCAACGUGUAUGUAUCAAUCAGGAGUUACAGUGUGGACUCCACAGCAAAUUUUCCCAUAGACAGGGCAAUCAAAAGGAAUAAUUUAAUUUGGGGUGGGGGUAGAGGGCUGGGUUUUCUACAUUUUCUGACAUUCUGUUAUUUUCAUAUUACGCCUUCCGCGGUUUUUCUCUCUGGAUUAUUUUUAGCAGUCCCACAGCUUGCGUAUUUGCCAGACAACUUGGCAAAUAAAUACAUGUGGAUGUAGCCUGUUGCAUCACCUUUGCUGGCCCAAAGUGUUUUGCCACAAAGGCCAAAGUUCAUUUGAAGGGCUCGCACAGUAGAUACAGUUAUACGGUGGCGGUGCUUUCCUUUAUGAUACUGUAGAGUCGUGUGUCCUUGGCCUGUGGCCAUUAAGAGUCACUAUCCCCCACUUUUGGAUUAUGGCGAGUAUGAAGCACCUGAUACCCAACCAAAAAUGGCGGGUACCCAAUUCGAAUGUUGUGUUUUUAUUUAAUACAUGUAACCGGACCCUUCCCUCGUCGCAAACUCCAAAAGUGACCAUUGAGAGCAAUGUGUACAGCAUUUCAUGUAUUAGUUGCCAGUUGAAAAAAAAAGACAUAUAAUUUUUUUUCUGUCCUAAAGAAUGCUUUCAAAAUACUAUGGGGGAGAGCAUGCCUUAUAUUUCUGGUUUCGAGCUUUUAGUGGUAAUCACCGUUUCCAUGAGUAACCGACCAUUUGGGUAAACCAUGCCGUCCACAUUCCACUAGAGGUUUUCCGAGGUUUUGGUACGUGGGAAACAGCACUGCCUCUUGGCUUGUUUAUUUACACUGUAUAUUUGAUGUCAUCACAAAUUUAGAUACCAUCGGUUAAAUCCUUUGUUUAUGUACACUAGUUAGUUUUCAACUCAAGAAGUUGUAAAAUUAAGAAUUACUUGUUUUACUGUAAAAAUACGUAAGUUCAGGGUUUUCUAUCCCUUUUCUUACCACUUUGGAAAUUGUUAAUCAUGGAAAUGGGACUAUCGCCAAACCACGAACAAUGAUUACAAGGGUGCAAAUACACUCUGCCCAUCGUGCAUGUACGUGUACUGCCGAAUACGCGGAUGGAUACAUUUUUUGGCAAGUAACGACAAUGUCAUCAAAGCCUUGAAGUACAUGUAUAAGGUUUGAAGUAUUUUAUUCUCUUAAGCUGUGGUUCACAAUUUCAUGACGAAUUCACAACGUAGACUGAUGCACGCACCCUAUUUCUUUCGACUGUACUUUUUCAAAUUUGUACGUGCCACCCAACACCGACCCGCCAAGUGAAUACAUGUACGUGCCAUUACACAGUACAUGCACAGGUACGUGUACAAGUACAAUGGAGCUUCACGCCAGCGCUCGAAAGUAGUACCGCCGAAUCCAAAUUGUUAGGUGUUUACAGGAUUGGUUAGUGAAGGGGUUUAGAAGAUCAACUAUUAGACGAGACGUGCGUGUAGUAGUAGUAAUAGAUACGCAGCGAUCGGGCAAUAUCGGUUUCCAGUGGCGUAUCAAGGUUUUGUGUGGGGCAAGGGGCAAGGGGCAAAGUGGGAUUAUUUCUAAAGGUGGACUAUUUUUUGAACCCCCCCCCUUAAAAAAUCUCCCCCGAAUAAGUAAGGCAGUAGAGGCUUUUCCAAAGUUCGGCCCUUUGGAUUGCUACAAAGAAUGAAAUCUUAACAAAACAAAAAUGCCAAAACUGUCUGCUUGUCAACAUGGUAACCUGGCAACUUGCCCCCUGUGGAUAUACCAUUGUUGGUUUGUUUGGUGAUGUCACGUGACGUGUAUUUAGAUCUCGUUAUUUGUGCAAGAGAUGACAUCUCUGAAAAACAUAUUUUUAAAGAUGAAGUCAAAUGGGAAACGUAUCAUUUCGAAAUUAUCCCUUCAGCAUUUGCCGGGAUGAUGACAUCAUCAUUUUAAAUCUCCAAAAAUUAUUUACGUUGAAGAAGUGGUUGUCGUCCACUUUCAAAAAACUACGGAAAACAAAUCUCAAAUGUGAAAAAAAAACUUGGAUAUGCUUUCGUGCUACUUCGUCAGCAAUUCUUGUAUGGUGCUCAGAAUACAACUCUGGACAUUUUACUGAUGUGGUGGGAGAAGAGAAAUCCGUCCCUUAUAAGAUUUAAUCCCAUAUUACUGCAUUCCGUGUUACCCCAAGAUGUCGAGAUCACGUGAUUUUAUGUUACGAUCAGUAAUGUUGCCCAAGAUAUGGUUUACCAGAAAGUGUUAAUGUCUACCGCAUUCACUUUCCAAAGUCGCAGUUGAAAACAUUUCUUUUAAUUUUGUCUAUUAUUUUGGACCUGAUGACGUCAUGACGUCAUGAAAGCAAGCACAUUUCGACAUCAAGGUCUAUUGCCAAGGUCUAUGUUAGUACAUGUACAUUGUUUCACGUUAAAUGGAAGAUACCAAUGUAUUGAUUUGAGUGUUUUUUAAUGAAGCAAAGGUAAGACUACUUCAACACCUAGAUAAAAGAUAGAUCUACGUGUAUGGAAUCCUUCCAAGGUGUAGUUCAUCUAAGUUUAGACUGUGGUGGUGCUUGAAAAUCGCAAUAACGGGCAAAUUAGGUCAAAGAGCAGGCAAUUUCAGAAAAGAUCUCGAGUAGGCCUAUGUGGUUCAUUACAGUUGAAACUGGUCUGUUUGUGUGCGAAAGAUACACCCUUAGGCUGUAGAUGACCGUAGAUCCUUUAGGCUGUAGAUGACUGUAGAUCCUUUAGGCUGUAGAUACACAUUUAAAGAAAUUGUAUCUGUACUUUACUAUUAUUUCAAUGUGGGUAAAAUUUGGAGUUGAUUCUUCACUCAAGUCUGACCUCUGAACACAGCCAAAAUUGCGCUCAAAUGUUUGACUUGACCCCGGCCAGAAUCGUUUUCUGUGUUUUUUUCCCCAGUAAGGUGUAAGUUGCCUGAACCAGUUCCAACAGAAAUUUACAUACAUUUUACUGUACUGCCACCUCGCCUAUCAGCCACUGCGGUCACUCUCGACGUGUGCUACCUUAUCAUCAAUGAUUAUUUGUUGUUACAAUGCGUAGGCUAUCUUAACAAGUUAAAACUUACACUUAAACUUGAACACUUCCAUGCGAAGGUCGGGGUGACACGUGAAAUUUAUACUUGCAAGUGUCAGUGAUCGUUUGUACGCUGUUUUGAAUAUUCUAAACGACCAGAACUCACAGUGCGAUGCAACAGUUUACUGGGUCACAAGCAAUAAGAAGGGAAUAAAAUAAUAUGCUUGGUUCAGGAAUGAAUGGCGCGCACGUGGGUGGCGCACAGCCCAGCCACGUGACGAGCUCUUGACCAAUACGAAUGGCUGAACCGCUUAACGUAGGCCUACUGUACUUAUAAGUCGUUAUUUGUUCUACAUCACGCCUGAAGAGACGUUUACAAAGUUGCUGUUCUCGUUCUGCAUAUCAAAAACACAGUUUUCACAUUCCGUUCAGUUUCAGCGUCACAUUAUUAAACGGGGUACGAUCACAAUUAAAUACAUGUAUACCAACGAAUUAAUGAAACGUGAUCAACAGCCCACCGAUCAGACGACGGGAAUUUGUUCAGGUGUUUAUAAUUAUAUUUCUUGACAGGACAGAUUGGACAGUAUUGAUAUCUUAAGGUCACUUUCCAACAAAAGACACGGUAAUGCCUACCGAAAUUUUACAGGUGGCACGUAUCACAAUAUACUUCUUGUUAAACCAACGUCAAAACCGUGUGUUGUUCAAACCAUAUGCAUAUAACACCGAAAAAACUGUCCUGUUAGUAAAUAAGUAAUCCCAAUUGCGUAUCUGCAUGAAGAUAUUAGGAUAUUAAAAUUGCCCACUCUCUAGAUAUUUACUUUAAAGAUUCACAUGGAGUGGAUGAACGAGGUAGCAUUAUUUUGCUAAUCGCCCUGCGACCAAUUAGGGCGCUGUGAAGGGCUGAAUGGCACGACCUCCGAUCGUGAGCUUAUCACUUCCUAUUAGCAAAGCGUUAAUUAAAUAUGUUGGUUCGUCAAUGGCAACGCUUUGGCACGGGCUGAGUGUCGGCUCUAUGAUAAAGGUGUUCAUUUCGUCUCCUUUAUAAUAACAGGGUGCCAAAGGCAAUGAACACCAUGAUGAAAACAUGGCCGUGCUAAAAUCACAGUGUGGUAAUUUAUUUUCUCACUAAGUAUCACUGAUCAUGUGUCUUUUGGCGAUAUAUUUCAAAUUACUGAUUAUCGGGAUCAAUAUUGGAUUGACGACUGAAGUGUAGUGAGAAUAUUUACAGCAAUGAAAGAAAAAGAAAAAUAUUGAAUUGACUUCGUUUCACUUGUGUAACACAUUGAGCGAGCUCGCUUGCCUACAUUGAAAUUGUCUCCCAAAUGUCCAAUGUCCAAGGUUAUUAAAUUAGUAUAAAGCAUCUCCCUAAGGAUACUUUAAAUACAUGUACAUUGUAUACAGGUUUCAUCUUGUAGGCUUGCUACCAUUUACUAAUGCUGUUUCUUUUUCAGUCAGAUUGUACCUGUCGUUUAUUGCCAUGCAGUCUGCACAGAGCAACUCGGUGAGACAUGCUCUUUUAACAGACGUGUACAAUGUACAAAUUUAUGUGCACAUGGAUGUAUUAUUUUAAUGCAAGUCUGUAUUUCAAGCUCAACAAACAGUAUUUUAAAUGUCGACAUCGUGAAGGACCGGUUCUCAAUUGAGAUCUGUUACAGAUUAAUAACAGCACUGAUAAGCAUAGAUGAAAGUUAGGUGGAUUGAAGAGAAGCACAAUAAAUGUUAUCAUGCCCCAAA